GAUAUGUGCGAAUUUUUGCUUCAUUCUAUCGCGCCGAAGCUUAUAGGUGUUUUGCCCUUUACGGGUAAAUCAGUGGUGAAGAUAAGCAUGUUUGCUAUGUAAAUACACAAUCAGGAUAUUACGUUGUUACACCAAUGUUGCAGUUAUCUUUUUUAUCAGUAUAUCGUCAAAUCUUGUCCGUUGAAGGGGCAAUUCAAUCCUGUUUAGUUGAAUUGGUCGCUACAUGAACAUAUAAGAUUGAUGGUACUAUGUCUCGAAUACCGUUCUGGAUUUUGGUCUUGUCGGCUUCGUUCAUCCGUUACACAGUUUCGGACUCAGACUGGACUAAAGAGUGCAACAUAUGCUCUUGCAUAUGGGUGAGUGGUCGGAGAACCGCAAAUUGCUCUAACAAGGGAUUUAACCGAAUACCCAACGGCCUCAGUAACUUGGUUCGUGAAAUAGACUUUUCGAAUAAUGCCCUCUACAGUCUCGCCGAUGGAGAGUUUAUCAGUGCCAAUCUUCUUGAUAUACACAAGUUAAAGUUUCAAAAUUGCUCAAUCGAACUAUUGGAUGAAGGCGCAUUCAGGAGAUUGGCACUCAUUAUCGAAUUGGACUUGUCCAGGAAUUCCAUAGCGGAGUUAAAAAGCAACACGUUUAGAGACAAUGUGAAGUUGCGAAUUCUCAGUCUAAGUUAUAACAGAAUUAAAACUCUGGAGGAGGGUCUGUUCAGUAACAUGUCGUUCGUUCAAAGAAUACACGUAGACCACAACGAAAUCGAGCAUAUAAGUGAAAACACAUUUUACAAUCUUCCGCUGUUGACUGAUAUAAAUUUAGGGUACAACAAACUUAAAACUGUCGCGUUUGACCUGAAGGAGAAAUUGCCAAAACUGAACAGUCUGAACGUCGAAGAAAACCCAUGGAUUUGCGAUUGCCGACUUGAGCUAUUCCAUCAGUCGCUUAUGAAAAACAAUCUAAUCACACACGCUACAAAAUGCGAAAAACCGCCUAAGUUUAAAGGACGACUAUGGACAGCGAGGGAAAGCUUUCCUUGUUCGCCUUCUAUAGUACAGCCCAUGCCAUCAAGCCAAAUCACUGCUACCACCAGCAACAUCACUUUAGUUUGCAAAGUGUUGGGCGAGCCUACGCCCGAUGUAGAAUGGAUCAACAACGGCCACAUCGUCGAAAGGGACCCCAGAAAAAAUAAGCAGAAAUACUCCAAUGCGAAAAGUAGAACUGCAGAAUACACCUGGAACAAUCUGACAAUCAUCAACCUCAGCUAUAAGGACAGAGGCGACUACAAAUGUAUCGCUAAGAACCCGGGAGGCGAAGAUGAAAAGGCCAUAACGCUGCUCAUCGACAGUGAAGUGUACCUGAGUGGAACAACUGCCAGCUUUGGAGGCUCUCCUGUCCUAAUAAUUAGCCUCUCCGUAGGACUGAUUGUUCUACUAAUAAUCAUCUUAAUAUUGGUUUGCCUAUUCUGUCGAAGGGCAAAAAGCAGAACCAUGCAGUCGAAGCGAAAUGAUUUGGACAGUUCCUCGGAAGAGUGUAUUAGUAUGGGAGGACAUGCCGAAAUUAAAAAAGGCAUAAUGACUGAUGUGAAUCCCAUCUGCAAACCGCCAAGAUCUUCUGUUCCUGCUUCGGUAGUAAGUGGGGGCACAGAAGUGAGCGACGCUAAACGAAAUCUACUAGACAACGAAUCUGUUUUCGAUUUGGAUGACGAAACCCGAUCGUUCGAUUUCGAUCAGCCCCUUCUUCAGAAAUCCAACAACGCGCUUUUGGAAUCCGAUUAUCGGCCUCAUCAGAACCAGUAUCCGCCAGAUCUGCUUACGUUUCCUGCGCGGACCCAAAUUUCUCCAGCGCCAUCAAAUGCUUCAACUAUCAUGAUGGAUAGAUUACCGCCUACUCACGGACUUCAAAGUCCGAUGCACAAUCCCAUUUACGACCAACUGAGCAUCUAUAAAACGUUGCCAUACUCCCGAUCACAUAGUCCCUUCACAGUGGGGAUUCCAAGAUUCCCUAGGCAAGGAGUUGGUUACGUUACCAUUCCGAGGCGGCCCAGGCAAAGUUGGAGCUCGGAGCCGCCGCCAAACAGCGAAGUUAUAGGCGAACCACUCUACGACAACUUGGGAACUCGAAGUACUGUUGAUGGCAGUUCAGUAUUGUCAUUGAACAAAAUAGGCACAGAUUCAGGUUCAACUCCUCGUUCGAACCGGUUGCUAUCUUUGACUCCGUUGAGCCCGAUUUAUGGUCCAAUAGUUGAAUCCCACGAAGCACCCCAUGCUCACGAACCACCCAGGCAUCCCUCACCUCAGAAACCAUUUGCACCUGGAAGACAAUCACCACCAUCAAGUCCAGAGGUUCGAUCCAGGCCCCAACCACCUCAGCAACUUAGCGGGAGUCAAACCUUACCCAGGAAUUUGAAUUCAGCCAAAAUGACACUUGUACCCUCACCGCUGGUUGAUGCGGGUCAACUGCGAAGUCCAAACGAAAGUCGGAAUUCUAUUGGCAGCGAUAAUUCUAUGUGUGACAAUGGAAAGCCCAAAAAGAUUCCGCCACGACCUCCGCCAAAACCGAAGAAACGAGUUUCAUCAGGACCCUUGCUUGAGGACGAAGGAGAAGAUGGCACGGAAGUGUGAUUGUUGCUAAAACCAGUCCUGGGACUGGUUUUAGCAAGCAACUAAUCAAAUCAAUGUCUAUUCCUGAUCAUGGUGUUUUUCCUUCAAUACAGGGUGUCCAAUAAAUAUGUACAUAUUGACAAUGCGAUAUAGUUUAAGAGAAGCGACGACGUAUUUGUAAAUAGCUGCUGAAACUACUUUAUCGAUUUAAAUGGUUAAGAAAAAUUGUUUACUUUAUUAUAACAUCAAUUAUAUUUUA